CCCCUCCCUCCUCCCUCCUCCUCCCUCCUCUCACUCUUCUCCUCCUACUCACCCUCCUCCCCCUCCUCCUCUCACUCUCCUCCCUCCUCUCACUCUCCUCCUCCUCUCACUCUCCUCCCCUGCUCCGCUCACUCUCCCUCCCUCCCUCUCACUCUCCUCCUCCUCACUCCCCCUCCUCCUCUCACUCUCUCCUCCUCCUCCCCCUGCUCCUCUCACCUCCUCCCCUCCUCCUCUCACUCUCCUCCCCACAUCCUCUCCUCCUCACCUUUCUCCUCCCCUCCUCUCUCCCUCCUCCCAUCACUCUCCUCCCCUCCGCUCACUCCCCCCUCCUCCUCUCACUCUCCUCCCCACCUCCUCUCCUCCUCACCUCUCUCCUCCUCCCCUCUUCUCCUCUCUCUCCUCUCCACUAGAGACUACUCCCCACCUCCUCUCCUCCUCACCUCUCUCCUCCUCCCCUCUUCUCCUCUCUCUCCUCUCCACUAGAGACUACUCCCCACCUCCUCUCCUCCUCACCUCUUCCCCUCCCCUCUUCUCCUCUCUCUCCCUCCCUAGAGACUACUUUCCCCCCCUCCUCUCCUCCUCCCUCUCUCCUCCCCCCUCUUUUCCCCCUCUCUCCCCUCCACUAGAACUACUCCCCCACCUCCUCUCCUCCUCACCUCUCUCCUCCUCCCCUCUUCUCCUCUCUCUCCUCUCCACUAGAGACUACUCCCCACCUCCUCUCCUCCUCACCUCUCUCCUCCCCCCCUCUUCCCCUCUCUCCCCCCCUCUCCACUAAAAGACUACCCCCCACCUCCCCCCCCCCUCCCCUCCUCCCCCCCCCCCUCCCCUCUUCUCCCCCUCUCCUCCCCCCACUAGAGACUACUCCCCCCCUUUCCUCCCUCCUCCCCUCUCUCCUCCCCCCUCUUCUCCUCCUUUUCCCUUUUCCACAAAGAGACUACCCCCCAAACCUCCUCUCCCCCCAAACCUUCCUCUCCUCCCCACCCCUCUCCCCCUCACCCUUUUUCCCUCCUCCCCUUUUCUCCCCCUCUCCCUCUCCACUAAGACAAACUCCCCCACCUUUCCCCCCCCCCACCUCCUCUCCCCCCCCCCCUCCUCUCCUCCCCCCCAUCCCCCUCCUCCCUCCCCCCCUCUCCUCCUCCCCUCUUCUCCUCUCUCCCCUCUCCCCAGAGUACUCCCCUCCCCCCUCCUCCCCUCCUCCUCUCCUCCCCCCCAACCUCCUUUUCCUCCUCACCCUCUCCUCCCUCCUCCCCUCUUCCCCCUCUCUCCCUCUCCCCUAGAGACUACCCCCCCCCCUCCUCUCCUCCCCCCUCCUCCCUCCCUCCCCCCUUCCUCCCCUCCUCCCCUUUCUCUUCCCCCCCCCUCUUCUCCCUCUCCCCUCUCCACUAAGACUAUUUUCCCACCCCCUCCCCUUCUCCUCACCUCCCCCUCCUCCCCUCUUCCCCCCUUUUCUCCUCUCCACUAGAGACUACUACCCCCCACCCCCUCCCCUCCUCACCUCCCCCUCCUCCUCCCCCUUCCCUCUCUCUCCUCCUCUCCACUAGAGCCCUAUUUUUCCCCCCCUCCUCUCCUCCUCACCUCCUCCUCCCCCCCUUUUCCUCCCUCUCCCCUUUCCCCACUAGAGACUACCCCCCACCCCUCUCCCCCCUAAACCUCUCUCCUCCCCCCCCUCUUCUCCUCUCUCUCCUCCCACUAGAGACUACUCCCCCCCCUCCUCCCUCCUCACCUCUCUCCUCCUCCCCCCCCCUUUCUCCUCCUCCCCACCUCUCCACUAGAGACACCCCCCCACCAUCCUCUCCCCCCCACCUCCUCUCCCCCCCACCUCCUCUCCCCCCCCCACCUCCCCCUCCCCCCCUAAAACCUCCUCCUCCUCCCCUCUUCUCCCCCCUUUUCCCUCUCCACUAAGGGCCAAACUCCCCCCCCCUCCUCUCCUCCCCCCCAAAUCCUCUCCUCCCCACCCCCUCCUCUCCCCCCCAAACCUCCUCUCCCCCCCACCCGUCCUCUCCUCCUCCCCUCUCUCCUCCUCCCCUCUUCUCCUCUCUCCCCCCUCCCCCCACUAAGACUACCCCCCCCCCUUUUCCCUCCCCCCUCCUCCCCUCCCCCCUCCCCCCUCCUCCCCCCCCCCACCUCUCUCCUCCCCCCCCCUUCUCCUCUCCUCCUUUUCACUAGAGACUAUCCCACCCUUCCCCUUUCCUCCCCACCCCUCCCUUUUCCUCCCCACCCCCUCUCCUCCCCACCUCCUCCCCCCCCCCUCCUCUCCUCCUCCCCACCCCCUCCCCCUCCUCCCCUUUUCUCCUCCUCUCCCCCUCCCCCUAGAGCCUAGAUUUCACCCCCCUCCCCCUCCUCCUCCCCCUCUCUCCUCCCCCCUCUUCCCCCAAACCCCCUCCCCCUCCUCCCACUAGAGAUUUAACUCCCCACCCCCUUUCUCCCCCCCCCUCCUCUCCUCCCCACCUCCUCCCCCCUCCCCACCCUUCCUCUCCCCUCCCCCCCUCUCUCCCCCCCUCCCCCCCUUCUUUCUUCUCUCCCUCUCCACUAAGACACUUCCCCCCCUUCCUCUCCUCCUCACCUCUCUCCCCUCCCUCCCCCCCUUCCCCUCUUCUCCUCUUCCCCUAAACAAAGGAUUUAACUCCCCACCUCCUCCCUCCCCCCCCCAACCCCCUUUUCCCCUCCCCAUUUUUCCUCUCCCCCCCCCCCCCUCUCCCCUCACCCUCUCUCCUCCUCCCCCCCCCCUUCCCUUCCCUCUCUCUCCUCUCCACUAGAGACUCUCCCCCCCCCUCCUUUUCCUUUCCCCCUCCUCUCCUCCCCACCUCCUCUCCUCCCCACCCCCUCCCUUCCCCCCAAACCCUCCUCUCCUCCUCACCUCUCUCCCCCUCCCCUCUUUUCCCUCUCUCCCUCCCACUAGAGACUACCCCCUCCUCCUCCUCCCCCCCCUCCCCCUUCCUCCCCCCUCCUCUCCUCCCCCCUCUCCUCCCACCCCCUCCCCUCCUCCCCUUUUCCCUCCUCUCUCUCCUCUCCACUAAUACCUACCUCCCCCCUCUUCUCCCCCCCACCUCCUCUCCUCCCCACCUCCUCUCCUCCCCACCUCCUCCCCUUUCCCCCCCCUUCCUUUCUCCUCCUCCCCCUCUCUCCUCCUCCCCUCUUUUUCCUCUCUCUCCUCUCCACUAGAGACUACUCCCUCCUCCUCUCCUCCUCACCCUCUCCUCCCCCCCCUUCUUUUUCCACUCUCUCCUCCCCCUUUAGAAAACACUCCCCCCCCACCUCCCCUCCUCCCCACCUCCUCUCCUCCCCAAACCCUCCUCUCCUCCCCCCCCUCCUUUUCCUCCUCACCUCUCUCCCCCUCCCCCCCCCUUUCUCUUCUCUCUCCUCCCACUAAAAGAUUUACUCCCCCACCCUCCCCCCCUCCCCCCCCCCCGUCCUCCCCACCUCCUCUCCUCCCCACCUCCUUCCUCCCCUCCCCCAACCGGGGGUCCCCCCUCCCUCCCCACCUCCCCCCUCCUCCUCCCCCUUUUCCCCCUCCUCCCCCCUCUUCCCCUCUCUCUUCCUUUUCCACUAAGACUACUCCCCCCUUUCCUUUCCUCCUCCCCUCCUCCUCUCCUCCCCCCUCCUCUCCCCCUCCCCUCUCCCCUCCUCCCCUCUUCCCUCCUCUCCUCUCCACUGGAGCCCUACCCCCCCCUCCUCUCCCCCCCCACCCCCUCUCCCCUCCCCCCCCCGCCCCUUUCUCCCCCCCCCACCCUUUCCCCCCUCCCCCCCUCACUCCUCCUCCUCCCCCUUUUCCCUCCUCUCUCCCCCCUCCCCAAACUAGAAACUAACUACCCCCACCUCCUCUCCCCUCCCCCUCUCUCCUCCCCCCCUCUUCCCCCUCUCCCCUCCUCCCCCCUUAGAGACACCCCCUUCCCCUCCCCCUCCCCCUCCCCCCUUUCCCAAACCUCUCUCCUCCUCCCCUUUUCCCCUCCUCUCUCUCCUCUCCACUAGAGACUACUUCCCCUCCUCCUCUCCCAUCCCAUCUGUUUAUUUAUCUUCCCAAAUCAUUCCAUGCUGAAUGUGUUUAUCUUAAAACACCUUUUUCUAUACCCCAGAUGAAAACAUUUUAAUCUCAGACCAUAUUUACAGGUUCUAGAUCUUUUGGAAUCUUUAUGAAAGAUGUCAUUGUAAAAGCAUUUACUCGUAAAAGGUAAUGCGGGGUUUCCAUGGGGACUGUUUUGGGUUUCCAUGGGGACUGUUUUGGGUUUCCAUGGGGACUGUUUUGGGUUUCCAUGGGGACAGUUUUGGGGUUCAAUGGGGGCUGAUCUCUGAUCUGUCUGUUCUUGACCACUAACCCUUGACAGAGGCAGAGCUGUGUGGAGCUGAUAUAGCCUCAAUAGACCUGACUACCCUGGAGGUCCUUCACAUCUCCAGUCUGGAGGAGAGAGAGCAACUCCUAUCAGCUGUAUACAGAGAGCUACACCCACCCAGCACCACCUCACAGAGACUGGACUCACUGCUGGGUAUGAUCAAUUAAUCAGCUGAUCAACCGAUCAAUCCAUCUGUCAUCAAUUCCAAACUGGGAGGCAGGUAGCCAAGUGGUUAGAGCAUUGGGCCAGUAACCGAAAGGCCGCUGGUUCGAAUACCCGAGCCGACAAGGUGAAAAAUCUGUUGAUGUGCCCUUGAGCAAGGCACUUAACCCUCAUUUGCUCCAGGGGUGCCGUACUACUAUGGCUGACCCUGUAAAACAACACAUUUCACUGCACCUGUCCAGUGUAUGUGAUGCUUUUUGGGGGGGUUAAUUGAUCAGACGAUCCAUCUAUCUAUCAAUCUAUCUGCCAAUCAGUCAAUCAACCAACCUAUUAAUCAAUCAAUCAAUGAUUGAUCGAAAGGUUGCUGGAUCGAAUCUCCGAGCUGACAAGGUAAAAAUCUGUCGUUCUGCUCCUGAGCAAGACAGUUAACCCACUCUUCCCCGGGGCGCCGAUGACGUGGAUGUCGAUUAAGGCAGCGCUCCGCUCCUCUCUCAUUCAGAGGGGUGGGGUUAAAUGCGGAAGACACAUUUCAGUUGAAUGCAUUCAGUUGUACAACUAGAUUUCCCCCUUUCCAUUUCCCGUUCCCUUUAUUGAUGCAUGUGUCAUCUCAACAAGUACGGCGUUCAUAAGUCAUACGAAUAAUAAUUGAUUGGAUUUAUAUAGUGUUUUUUUUCCCCCAGAUUAUCAAAGCGCUUUUUCAAUGUAACUUCCCCAAUCCUCCAUCAAGUAGCUAGCUUUCUCUCCUCGUAGAAACCUUUGGUCAUAACAACAUAGAGAAAUUCACAGCGGCAGUGGUGACCAUGAGCCAAUCAAAGUCCUCUCCGCAUGUAAGCUGCCUCAACAUGAAUCAAAUGAAAUCCUUUACGUUCAGGUAUGUAUUCCUAACUAUUCCCAGUACUGACUCAUAUUCUAUUCUGUUCUAUUCUAUUCUAUAUUGUCAAUAUGACCCAAGUGUGUAUUUUAUUUUCUCCCUGUAACAGAUGCAAAAGCCCGAACCCUAUGAACCAGAGGAACUCUCUGCUGAUGGAGAUCACCAUAAAUGGUUUCUUGAUAUAA